GUUUGCCAUAUCUUCCGUAGAAACACCGCGCGCUUGGAAACCAAACAGCUCCGCCAAGAUCGAGCGAGCAACAAGAGAGACACCAGCCAACAACACCUAACAGCGCACACACGCACAUACACAAGCGUCAGCUGGGGUGUGCGUGAGGAUGAGCAGCAACGCACAGGAAGAAGAGGUGGAGGUGGCAGAGGAUGCGCCUCCUGCGGAAACCAGCACGGCUGACCAAGAUGCAUCACAGCAGCAGCAGCAGCAGCAGCAGCAGGAUGGCGAUGACGCCGAGGUAGCGGAGUCUGCUGAGGAGGCAAAAGGGGCAAGCGACAGCAAGGCAGAGGACACGCAGGAUGGUCAAGGAGAGGCAGACGCUACUGCAGAGGAAACCAUCGCUGAAAGUGACAACGAACAUGGCGGCGACAAUGCCCGUGACAACGACCAGCAGGAGCAGGAGCAGGAGAAGGGGGAACAAAACGGGGCAGCCAGCAAGGAGGAAGAGGAUGAGCCUCCUGAAGAUGCCAGACCAGAAGGCGCAGCGCAGCAAGACCAAGAGCAGGAACACGAACAGCAGAGCGAUUCUGCUGGCGAUGACAAUGACAAGGCCAUGGAAGAGGGUGCUGCCGAUGCGGCUGAUGAUGAAAGCACGGCCAAGGAACAGGCUGCAGACAACGUGCAUAUUCCGACAGCACCCGCGGCAGACAGUGACGACACGCAGGGUGUUGAGGAUACCAAGAAGGAAGCAGCAGAAAACAACGGCUCCGGAACACAGAAAGGGGAAGCUCCAGAAGAAAAUGGAGAAGGAGAAGGACAGGCUGACGAAGGACAGCAGCAGCAGCGAGGAGAGGAGGAAGAAGAAAACAGCGGCGAGGGAGAUGAUCAUGGAAGCGAUGACAACGCGAAAGAGACGAAAGGCAGUGAAGAGGAACAAGAAUCAGCAGCAAGCGAAGGCGACACGUCAGCAGCUGUUGCGACGGAAGGUGGUGAACACAAAGCCACUGGCGACAACAACGACGGCGAUGACGGUGAUAGCGUGACGGUGUCUGCCAAGCCGUCGGCGCCAGCAUCAGCGUCGUCCCGCCGGCCAACCUCCAUGCACCUGGACGCAGACGGCGGCGACCUUGGACCGGAAAAGGCAGAGCUGCCUGCACCGCCAAGCAGAGGUAGCGAUGGCGCUGACGAUGGUGACGAUGGUGACGAUGACGCGGGUGUUGUUGCACAGCGUGGAUCAGAGGAAGGGGAAGAAGUCCCAAAGGGGACAGAGGACACGGAGGAGGGCGAGUCGCAAUCGUCAGCAACAGAGGCAGCAGAACCAGAACCAGAGAGCAGCGUCAACAACCUCUCGGCCAUUUCAGAGGCGCCGGAAGAGGAAGAGCAAGACGGGGAACGUGCCAGCGCUUCCCGGGAUCAGCAACAGGAGGGGCACAAUGACACGACUUCUGAUGGUGCAUCUGUAUCAGCAACAGAGCAGACCACAACAGAGAGUGCCUACACACAGGCGGGUGAUGAUGGCGAUGCUGCUGUUAUUGGUGAACCGGGAGAGAUUCAAUACUCCCAACGACAGCAGAUUGUCAAAGUGCCCGCAGACGAUGGCAGCGACCGCCUGUUCAACAUCACAGUCUUCACUGCAAACGUCACGAAGCCGUUUCUCGGCGGGUUUCGCCACAAGAAGACCGGUGUGGAGUAUCACAACGCUUCCUCACAGACCCCGCGCAAGUUCCGCAUCCCAAAGACUGAACGGUUUACGCGGACAACACAGACGGCGAUUCAGCGCACACAUCCAAAGUUUGCGACGCAGACGAGCGUGCACACAGCGACGCAGAUGACGAAGGAGGGUGUGUUUGUGACAUCGCGUGAGGACAAGAUCAUUGUGCCGACCAAAUACGAGACCGCGGCAGACAAGCACGCGCGCGUUGUUGCGGCGGUGAUUGUCAUCCAGAAGUAUUAUCGGCGCUGGCAGGCGAAACGAGUCGUCGGCAACCUCAGAUACGCGCGCCACCAGUACCAGCAGUGGCAGGAGGAGAAGGAGCGGAAGCGGCUUGAGUUUGAGGAGAUGAUGCGACGACGUGAGAUGGAUCGCCGGCUCAACCCGCGCACACCAGAGGACUUUGACAUGCUCUACGCAAGCCUCCAAAAGUGGCACGGGGAGCAGCUUGAGAAGGUGCGCCUGCUGCCUGAGAGCGAACAGCCGCAGGCACGCAUGGACCUUCUGCGCGAAGAAACAAAGUACCUCAACUUCAUUGAGCAGCUGAAGCAGCUUGCCGCCACCGACAACAAGGAGGCGCGCGUGCAGAAGUUCCUGGACGAUGCGUCCACCGGCAGAAAAUGGGCCAACAAGCAAUACGGCAUGAAGGUGCAUGUUGAGACGCCGGAGAGCAAGCUUGCGCAGGAGCUGAAGGAGAUCUACAAUCUCAUCCGCAUCCCAGACCUCGACGUCGACGAGCGGCUCGAUGCGCUGCUGCAGCUGCGAACGGCGGUGGAGAAACACGACAGCCGGCUCACUCGCGAAAUCUUGGAGCUCAUUCAGCGCGAGGCAGACCUGCUUGGCAGACGCACCAGGGCACGCAACCUUGAGGGCCUGCGCAAGCGCCUGCUGAAUCUCUUCCUGCAGUUUAUUGAGACGCCCGAGUACAAUCCAGAGGCCAAGAGGUUGAUGGAAGUCCACCAGGACAAGGACUUUUUCAAGCACAAUCUUGUGCGGUGCGCCGGCUCACAGACAUACCAUACCACCUCCAAGUUUGACGUCUCCCCACAGAAGACCACAGGGCUUGGCAAGAGCAAGUCUGUGCUUGCAGCUGAGAAUCGUGCUUUGUACCGCGAGGACAACACCGCAUAUCGCCGCAUCCUCGACGCCUGCAGACGCGCCGAGAAGCACUACGCCGACAACUCCCAGUGCAUGUCACUGCUUUCGGUGCGAGACAUGCGGUACCUGAUAGACACGGUGUGGAGCGGCAAGAGUGCACUGAGCGAGGACGCCACCCUCAGCAACCUCGUGCUGUGCCGAUGGAACAAGCACAAAGAACUCUCCCCAUGGAAUUCCAUUCUUCUUACCAAGGACGAGCAAGUAGAGCAUCUUGAGCUCGACGACCCGGACGCGUCGUAUGGGCCCAACUUUGUCGCUCGAAUCAAGCAGAAGCACAUCCGCGCAAAGCAACACUUUACUUCCUUACAAUCCCACCUUGCCCGUGCACACAAGCAGCAAACCAGUCGAACGCUGCCACCCAAGCCACAACAGCUGCCCUCGCUCAGCACACAACAACAACACCAACAACAACUGCCUGCAAACGCCACGUCAUAAUGCGCACUUGUGACGAACUCGUUGAUUGUUAUGAAAGGCUUACAUAAAAUUCAGCAAACCUGA